AUUGUAGUUAUAUCCCUGUUCCCACCCCUUUUAUUCUGCCAAUUGGGUUAUGUAUAGCUGCAAACUCUUUGUAGAAACUGAAGAUAUCUGAAAAAUGGCGUGAGGAGGUUAAAGGGUUUUUUUGCUGCGUUUUUGUAUUGCUGCGUUUCUUUUUGUUCAAAUGAUCCUUCUGUAGAGAUUAUUAGAGACUCUUUUACUCCAUAAACCUUCUCGAUCAGUAAGAUGUCUUCCAUGAAGAAAUCACCGAAAUCCUUCUUGAAACCUUUGCAAGAGUUCAUUGGUUCAAAUAAUGAUUUUCAAAUCAUUUACUCAACGUCUCCACGAAAAAAUUGGGUAACUCCACUCACUAAUAGAGUCUGUGUACUCGAUUCGUCGUUCAAUCCGCCUCAUCUUGGUCAUUUUACCUUGGCUGAAGAAUCCUUAAGGUAUACUUAUAAGAAUCAAUUGGUACCCCAUGAAGAAAGAUGUUUGGUUUUACUAUUAUCGGUGAAAAAUGCUGAUAAAACCCAUCCCCAACCAGCAAAUUUCGAAGAUCGAAUCGAAAUGAUGUAUUUAAUGGCCAAUUACUUGAAUAAAUCCUUGAAUGUUAAUGUCAGUAUCGGAUUGACUAAUCAUGCUAAAUUUGUUGAUAAAUCUGUUUCGAUUUUGAAAUAUAUUCAGGCUACUUUACCUAAUAUUGAAUUGAAUGACUUGAAAUUAACGUUCUUGGUGGGAUUUGAUACGUUGGUUAGAAUCUUCAAUCCCAAAUAUUAUCUUCCAGAUAAGCUUCUGGAAUCUUUAAGCAUAUUCAUGAAAACUACAGACUUGUUUUGCUUAACAAGGAAUGAUGAUAAAAUAUCUAAUAAAGAACAAACCCAAUACGUGUCAGAUAUAUCGAACGGGAAGCUCGAACAUGUUCCAAGUCACUGGUCUUCUAAUAUUCAUUUGAUUAAUAAUACCGAUGAUUCAGCAGACAAAAUAGGCCUUAUUAGUUCCUCUUCUAUAAGAAAAGAAAUUUCUCAAAAUAAUUGGCACAAUCAAGUCAUACCGGAAAUAAAAGAGUACAUUGUGAAAGAGGGCAUAUAUGAACAUCUAUAAAUCAAUGAUAUGUAUUGAAGCAUUCUAACUAAAAUACAAAAUAUGAAAAUCUACCAACCUUCUUGAGUAAUAUAUGAAAGAAGUAAUAAAUAC